AUGAGUUCCGUCGUGGCAGCAACAUCAACGACGUUUACGGAGCUAACACUACAAACCAACGCACCACCUGUUAUUAGUAUGCUCGCUUCCUUGAAAAAUGAACCUCGCGGUCGUCCGAAGACUUUGGUUGACAAUGACGAAUUAAAGGCGAUAGUGGAAGCUGAUGAUACACAAUCUACGGCUGAAUUAGCAGCAGCUUUCGACGUUAGCGUCAAAACAAUAUCGGUCCAUUUGCGUCAAAUUGGCAAGGUAAAAAAACUUGACAAAUGGGUGCGCCACGAACUCAAUGAUCGCCAGCGCGAAGUACGCGUCGAGACGUGCUUUGCACUGCUCAACAGACACACAAAUGGAGGAAUUUUGAACCGCAUUGUUACCUGCGAUGAAAAAUGGAUUCUGUUUGAUAACCGCAAGCGCUCAGCAAGGUGGUUGGAUCCUGGUUCAGCACCUAAGCAAUGCCCUAAACGAAAACUUACCCCUAGAAAAGUGAUGGCCACUGACCUGACCACUCUCAAUACCCGAGAGGCAGUACAAAAUGCCUUUGAAGAAUUUGUUGCUUCCCGUCCAGCUGAUUUCUUUAAGAAGGGCAUCAAUAAACUGCCACUGCGUUGGCAAAGAUGCAUUGAUUGCAUGGAUGAUUACUUCGAUUAA